UGCAAGCUCGGCGGCGGGAGCUUCUGUCUGCCUGGACCUGGAAAGGCUGCUGCUGCUCGUCCAGCCUUCGCGAGCUUGGGAUCCGCAGAACGCUGCAGCCGCUCGCUCGCCCGUGCCUGUUCCCGUCCCUGUCGCGCGGCCAGGGCACUGCCCCAGUUGCUCUCUUCCACCAUGAUUCCCUGCAGAGCAGUGCUGACUUUCGCACGAUGUCUGAUCCGGAGAAAAAUUGUCACACUGGACAGCCUUGAAGAUUCCAAACUCUGCCGGUGCUUAACCACCGUGGACCUCAUCGCUUUGGGAGUUGGAAGCACUCUGGGCGCUGGGGUUUACGUCCUGGCUGGGGAAGUCGCCAAAGCCGAUUCUGGCCCGAGUAUCGUGGUAUCUUUCCUCAUCGCUGCCCUGGCCUCGGUUAUGGCCGGCCUUUGCUAUGCUGAAUUUGGGGCCCGAGUACCCAAGACUGGAUCUGCUUAUCUAUACACUUACGUCACGGUCGGAGAGCUGUGGGCCUUCAUCACUGGCUGGAAUCUCAUCCUGUCAUAUGUCAUAGGUACGUCCAGUGUCGCAAGAGCGUGGAGUGGCACCUUCGACGAACUUCUCAACAAACAGAUUGGCCAGUUUUUCAAGACGUACUUCAAAAUGAAUUACACUGGUCUAGCGGAGUAUCCAGACUUCUUCGCCGUGUGCCUUGUAUUACUUCUGGCAGGUCUUUUAUCUUUUGGAGUAAAAGAGUCUGCUUGGGUGAAUAAAUUUUUUACAGCUAUUAAUAUCCUGGUCCUUCUCUUCGUCAUGGUGGCUGGGUUUGUGAAAGGAAAUGUGGCUAACUGGAAGAUCAGUGAAGAGUUUCUCAAAAAUAUAUCAGCAAGUGCCAGAGAACCACCUUCUGAGAACGGAACAAGCAUCUACGGGGCUGGCGGCUUUAUGCCCUAUGGCUUUACAGGGACGUUGGCAGGCGCUGCAACAUGCUUUUAUGCCUUUGUGGGCUUUGACUGCAUUGCAACAACCGGUGAAGAGGUCCGGAAUCCCCAAAAGGCCAUUCCCAUUGGAAUAGUAACUUCCUUACUUGUUUGCUUUAUGGCCUACUUUGGGGUUUCUGCAGCUUUAACGCUUAUGAUGCCUUACUACCUCCUGGAUGAGAAAAGUCCACUCCCUGUCGCAUUUGAAUAUGUCAGGUGGGGUCCUGCCAAAUACGUGGUCGCGGCAGGCUCCCUCUGCGCCUUAUCAACAAGUCUUCUUGGAUCCAUUUUCCCAAUGCCUCGUGUAAUCUAUGCUAUGGCGGAGGAUGGGUUGCUUUUCAAAUGUCUAGCUCAAAUCAAUUCCAAAACGAAGACACCAGUAAUUGCUACUUUGUCAUCGGGUGCAGUGGCAGCUGUGAUGGCCUUUCUCUUUGACCUGAAGGCUCUCGUGGACAUGAUGUCUAUUGGCACCCUCAUGGCCUACUCCCUGGUGGCAGCCUGUGUGCUUAUUCUCAGGUACCAACCUGGCUUGUGUUAUGAGCAACCCAAAUACACCCCUGAGAAGGAAACUCUGGAAUCAUGUACCAAUGCAACUUUGAAGAGCGAGUCCCAGGUCACCAUGCUGCAAGGACGGGGUUUCGGCCUACGAACCCUCUUCAGCCCCUCCGCCCUGCCCACACGACAGUCGGCUUCCCUCGUGAGCUUUCUGGUGGGAUUCCUGGCUUUCCUCAUCCUGGGCUUGAGUAUUCUAACCACGUAUGGAGUCCAGGCCAUUGCCAGACUGGAAGCCUGGAGCCUGGCUCUUCUCGCCCUGUUCUUUGUCCUCUGCGCUGCUGUCAUUCUGAUCAUUUGGAGGCAGCCACAGAAUCAGCAAAAAGUAGCCUUCAUGGUCCCGUUCUUACCGUUUCUGCCGGCCUUCAGCAUCCUGGUCAACAUUUACUUGAUGGUCCAGUUAAGUGCGGACACUUGGGUCAGAUUCAGCAUCUGGAUGGCGCUUGGUUUUCUGAUCUACUUCGCCUAUGGCAUUAGACACAGCUUGGAGGGUAACCCCAGGGAUGAAGAAGACGAUGACGAUGUGUAUUCGGACAACAUCAAUGCAGCAACAGAAGAAAAAUCUGCCAUGCAAGCAAAUGACCAUCACCAAAGAAACCUCAGCUUACCUUUCAUACUUCAUGAGAAGACAAGUGAAUGUUGAUGCUGGCCCUCAGUCUAACCACGCAUACCUUAACCAUGAGUACACUGUGGCCAGAUGCCACCAUCGUGCUGGGCUGUCGUGGGUCUGCUUCGGACAUGGCUUGCCUACCUUGUACUUCCUCCUCCAGACAUCUUCUCUUCAGAUGGUGGAUUCUGUGUCUGGGGAGACUGCCUGAGAGCACUCCUCAGCGAUAAGUGUCCCUCCAACAGUAUGUCCGUGUGCGUCCAUGUAUGUCUGCGAUGUGAGUGUUCAGUGUUGUUGGUUAUUACUCUGUGACAUAAUUCCAGCGUGGUAAUUGGUGGCGUACACUAGUAAACAGUAUAUUGCUGAAUAGAGAUGUAUUCUGUAUAUGUCCUAUGUGGUUGGGGAAAUAGUGGUGGUUUUCUUUAUUGAGUAUAUGACCAUCAAUUUGGACAUGCUGAAAUGCCAUCCCCUGUCAUGAUGUUUAACAGUGGUCAGGGGUGGGGAAGGGAUAAGGAAUGGGCCUUUUCUAUACAUUGCAAUGCAUAUAUCCUUCUCCUACUUGCUAAGACAGUUUUCUUAAAUGGCCAGGGAGAGCGUUUCUUUCCCCUGUAUGACAAGAUGAAGAGGUAGUCUGUGACUUGAGAUGGCCAGUCCUGGUUUGGAGAGCUUUGGUCCUUAAAUAUAACACCUCCACCUGCUGUAGAUGAUAUACCCCUCAGCCCCAUGACAGUCUCAGGAAAGGUACGGUGGCCUACUUGGGACCCUUUAAGCCAGAGAGUGAAAGUCAUCCCAGUGGCUUCCGAAGGUCAGGUGACUUACACAGAUGCUUGGAUAUGUUUCCUGUUUUUAAAAGAGACUGAAGGCAGAAUAGGCCUCCGGAUCACACAUUUGGUAGACUGGUUCAGUCUGUCUCCCAUUUCUUCAGACCUAAUCACAGCUCAACGUCUGCUCCUUCGUCAAACACAGACCUCAGUCUUUUGCUUCUCAUGUUCCCUCUGAUCUCAAUGGAAAGGAGUGUGGUAACAAAUUCUGUUUUUACAGUGGACAAAAAAAGACACAGAUGGAGGGGUAUAGGAAAAUACCCUUAGUCCAGUCUCACAGGGCACUUGAGCCCAAUUUAAGGAUUUUAAACCUAAUUUUCCUGUGAUAUUUCUUUUAGAAAUGUUUAGAGAUUCCUCCAUCUCCUACCCUAGCUCAUCGUUUAGCACUUUUUAAUUUUGUUUUCUCCCUUUGUUUGUUGUUUGUUUGUUUUUCGAAACAGGUUCUUUCUAUGUAGCCCUGGAACCCACUCUAUAGACCAGGCUAGCCUUGAACCUUGAACUCACAGAAAUCCACCUGCCUCUGCUUCCCAAGUAGCUGGAAUUAAAGGCGUGCGCCACCACUGCCUGACCAUUUAGCCAUUUUUAUUUCACUUGCUUUUAAAGGACCACACGAAGCCUCUUAACAAUAAAUCAUCCAUUACUUUCAGAACACACAAUUACAUAAAACUUCGAGCUAAAUAACCAAACUGGAUUAAAAAGCACAGUGACCGUUGUAUAUGAUUAAAUAAACUUUUAAAUUUAAGAUUCUCUGGUUGCUACACUUUUCCUUUAUAGGGUUCUCUGAUAGUGGAUCAGAAACACCCAAUCAUGCUUAUUCCUCAUGAAUUAAUCUUGUAUAAAUAAUUAAAUGGUUUAUUGGCUAAAUCUAGAGCUAGACACUUAUACAGGUGUGGCACUCCCAGGAGACCAUAAAUGCUAGUUGCCCUGCAUAAUCCAAAGACAAAGAAAAUGGUUGCUUUCCCGUAGUUCUUCUAAGGGAUCAUUUAUUUUACUGGUGCUGUUUGGCAGAAGCAGGCAUUCAUUGUGCUUAGCUCGCAGAUCAGCAGGCAAAGAUCCUGGGUUCCUGGUUGUCAGGGAUGCACCCCUGACCCAGAACUUAGUGCUGACAUUCCAAAAUUUCCAGGGUGCAUGUGGUAAAAUCUGAAGACCAGGCACUCUUUCUAAGUGCUUGCUUUACUGAGGAGUUGGGUGAACAAGUGCUAAAAUAGUUUGGGAAGGACAAUAGGCAUGAUCAGGAAUUGAUGUCAUUGAUAGCUGCUCAGAGAGGGAGAAUCAGGGACGAGCCCCAUGAUAGGUUAUCUAAUCCCAAAUAGUCAACAUUAAACACUUGCACAUACAAGCAGCACUAAUUGGACUCAACAAGUUACAUACACACAGAGACAUAUACUCAAUAUGUAACAAUAAUAAAGAAGAGGUUAUGAAUUUCAUAAAGAGUGGAGGGGAACUGGGGGGGAAAGGAGAAGGUAGAAAUUAUCAGAAUACUUUACUCAUGUAUAAUAGUCUCAAAAAAUUAAUUUAAAUAAAAAUCCUUACUGUUACAGCAGUGCCCUUCACACAGGAAAUGUGAGCAGUUUCAUGUAUGAAUCCCUGGAUUUCUUACUCUAACAAAAACCAGAUUCAUUCAGACUGUGGAAGGCAGCCUGAAAUGUUGUGCCCACUGUGUUCAGUCAGGGGCAGAAUCUAGCUCAAAAUGUUCACACCAGAGCACGUUGGAAACAUGACUGUCUGUAAAGAGAUGCUUUCUCUUCUGCAACUGUGCCUUUUCCUUUCCUGUGAAGAACCGAAUGGACAGCAUGUCUGUGUGUAUAG